CAUAGCGGUCGUGAAAGGCACUAUCGGGUUGAGUGCUAAUGAUACCAUUAAUGGUGAAUUGGUUGGCAUAAAAACCUUUGCCGAGAACCCUCGCACAGUAGUUGUCAUAGCGGUCAUGAAAGGCACUAUCAGGUUGAGUGCUGAUGAUACUAUUAACGGUGAAUUGGUUGGCAUAAAAACCUUUGCCGAGAACCCUCAGCACAGCGGUCAUGUAAAGGCACUAUCGGGUUGA